UCCAGUAGUGAUUUUGGGAAAGCGCGUCUUCUCGAUUAUUAGUCGAUAUCAGUAAUAAUUGUAAACAAACAUGGUAUUUAAAAAGUACGAAGUGGACGAUGUGUUGUAUUUUGGCAUCGCACUUGGUCUAUUACUUCGAUGGAGUACUUCCACUUUCUCGUAUUCAGGUGCAGAUAAACCACCCAUGUAUGGUGAUUAUGAAGCUCAAAGACAUUGGAUGGAAAUAACUAUUAAUCUUCCUGUUAAGGAAUGGUAUCAAAACAGUACAAAAAAUGAUUUACUGUACUGGGGUUUGGAUUAUCCUCCUCUUACUGCCUACCAUAGUUUACUUUGUGGUUAUAUUGCUCAAUGGUUCGAUAAAUCGUGGGUAGCUUUAAAAACUUCACGUGGUUAUGAAAGUUAUGAUCACAAGAUUUUUAUGAGAGCAACAGUUAUUUUGGCAGAUAUUCUUAUUUACAUACCUGCAAUAAUUUUAUAUUGGACUAGAAUUUCUAAACCAUAUCGUUUAAGAGAAAAAGCCAUAGCUGCUACAAUCACUUUGCUUUACCCUGGUUUUAUAUUAAUUGAUCAUGGACAUUUUCAAUAUAAUUGCAUUAGUUUAGGAUUAUGUUUAUGGGCAAUAUUUUUUCUGAUUGAAGAUAUGGAUUUAGUUGGAGCAAUUGCAUUUACUCUUGCUCUAAAUUAUAAACAAAUGGAACUAUAUCAUGCUUUUCCAUUUUUCUUUUACCUUCUUGGAAAAUGUAGGCAACAGCCAUUCUCUGAAGGAAUUAAAAAAAUUAUCCAGUUGGCACUAGUAGUAAUUUUAACUACAGCUGUUUGUUGGGCUCCAUUUUUAAGAGAUUUUCAGAGUGUUAUUCAAGUUGUUCAUAGACUUUUUCCAUUUGCCAGAGGUUUGUAUGAAGAUAAAGUGGCAAAUGUGUGGUACUGUCUAUCAGUUUUCAUCAAACUAAAACAACUGUUUUCAGUUUCAACAUUAGCUUUAAUCAGUGGUAUAACUACUCUAACUGUGUUACUUCCAUCCAUGCUUCAUCUUUUACAUCAUCCAUCCAUCCCUAUUUUCCGACUAUCUCUGGUAAAUUCAUCUCUCAUAUUUUUUCUCUGUUCAUAUCAAGUUCAUGAAAAAUCAAUCUUGUUAGCUGCAUUACCUGCUUUGUUACUAAUUGAUGAUUAUCCUGUUGAAAUUUUAUGGUUUUUGAAUAUCUCAACAUUUAGUAUGUUUCCAUUGAUCUCAAAGGAUCGACUUACCAUACCAUAUUUCGCUUUAUCUGUGUUGUUUUUCAUUGGAACCUUUAAAGGGAUGGGAUUAGAUAUUACUUUUAAAAAACGUUCAUUAAAAAAUUUACUGUUUAUUUUAUCAAUUCUUGGAGGUCUUUUGUUGAACAUUUCGGCUUUUAUUGUCAAGCCACCUGCUCAUUAUCCACAUAUACAUUCUCUUCUCAAUGCUGUCUACAGCUGCAUCCAUUUUAUUGGUUUUGCUGUCUAUUUUCAAUAUGUACAAUGGAAUCAUCCCUAUCCUAAUACAACUAGAUUGAAAGAAAAGAAAUCAUCAUAAUGUGAUUUCUUUUAUCAGUUGUCAUGAAAUUUAUAUUUUUGAUUUUGUAUUAUUUUAUAUCUUGGUAAAAAUAUCAUAUAAUAUUUUACUAUUUAAAAUAUAUACAUUUGUUAAAAUUUCAUUACUACACUCUUCACUUACGCAACAAAAAUGUUGACCAUUUCAAACACUGCCAAAUAAACAAAUGAAAGUAUUUUUAUAUUAAGGCAACAUUAAAUUAUAUUUUAAAAAAUUAAAAUAAUAUAUUAAAUCAUUACAUAUGUCAUGAUCACUGUAAUAAAACUUUGAUCUAAAAUUUUGGAAAUAUUUCAUAUGUUGUUUUUAAAUGCUGUGUGUAUUUUGUGAUUUUAAACUAAUAAAAAAUUUUGAUGAUUUUAUCUCACAGAAUCUUUAUCUUAUUAAAGUCAGUUUAUUAAAAAAGUGCACAGUAAUCUGUAAAGCAGUUUUCCAAAUAUACAUUUCAGUCUCUAUAGUAAAUUAUAAACAGUAAUAAUGAAAAGUAAUCUAAACUUCAGAGAAAGUUAUCUGGGCUGUUGUGUUUACAUACAUAAACUGGAAAAAGUACAGAAAUCAACAGACAGUUUAUUCAAGAAUAAACUCUCUUUAUUUCUUGCAUAAUAUUAAUAUUGAUAUACUGUAUUUUGAUUAAGCAUAUUUAAAAAAUCUAAAUUAAAACAUUUCUUAAUUUCUUAUGCCUAAUUUUAUUUUUGUCAUAAUAUUUUUGCACACAAGUGAUAAAUGUCUCCUUAAGAAAACUUUGUAAUUAUAAAAUUAUGUGAAAACUAUCCUAUAACAUUCUAUAUCUGCAUAUAUGAAAAAUGUUUUGUUUUCAACAUAUUUAUGAAAUUUAUGUUCUUUAAUUUUUAAU